CACACACACGCAUGCAUGAGUGCAAACAAGAACAAGAGAGAGAAAGCUGGGGAUGAAGACACGCGGCACGCAGUGGGAGGAGAGAUAAAGGUGCACGUGUCCCCUUGUCCUCCCAUCCGAUCAGACACUGGCAGCUGUGAUCGAUCAGCGGAGGUCACAGCAAGAAAAUCACUUCCACGGCCAUGUAUCCAGAUGUCUGGCCACUUCCUGCGGGACAUCCCCCUCCGCGCGCUGCAGAGAAAGGUUGGUGACGAGCGCGUGACUCUGCUGCAGGCCUGCUACGACAACCCGCUCUUCGCCGACGACGACGACAAGGAGCGCGAAGCGCACGCCAAAGGAGGUGGCCCACGGCCCACAGGAGGGCAGGAUGGUCACGUGACGGCGCCCAGGGACUAUGUGCACACCUUGCCGCCCACGGAGAUGAGAUUCACGACCAAGUCCCGGCGGAGCAUCCUGCUGAGGUUCAUCUUCAGCGUCCUCUUCCUCGCUCUGGUCGUCGCCCUCAUCAUCGGCCUCUUCGUUCACUUUCUUCAGAAUCAAGAUUCCUCUAUACGCACAUCGCCCUCAUCUGGUGAGAAACACCUGGACUCCACCUCCAGCGACUUGCGUGCAGGGAGCGAGAGAGAGAGAGCGAGCGAGCAAGAGAGAGAACGCGAAUUGAUAACUAUAAGCAGCCGAGUGCAAGGCAGCCUUAUGAUAGAAGAUGGCCCAUUUUCUGUAUAUAGAGAAGGAUAUGGAGACAACAGCUCGGCUCACUUCAACAUUUUACAAGAAUCCUUUCAGUUCAAGAUGGAUCAUAUUUUUAAGACAAGUCGAUUUAUGGACGUGUACAGCAGAACUGAUAUUUUACGAAUCAGCCGAGGAAGUGUCGUGCUACACUUUGUUAUUCGCUUGAAAGAACCGCGCUCGCUGACGUCACAAGACGUGAGGGAAAUGGUGAGGCUGAUCCAAGAUGGUCUCCAGGACAGCAUCAUUGCCGUCAACAGGGAGUCGGUCUACUUGAAGCCUGAUGUGUUGCUCCCACCUGCAAGUGUCAAGCCGUCAGACCAGUGCGAGAUGGUUCGGAUAUUUGAGUGCAUCAACGUAACCGACUACCAGCUGACAGUCUUCCCCAACAUCCUGGGCCACCCGACUCAGGAGAUCGCGUCUCACGCACUGCUGCAGGUGACCAAGGUCUUCUCCACGGCCUGCCACGGGUACACCUUCAAGUUCCUGUGCGGACUCCUCGCUCCCGAGUGCGGCCCCCACCACCGCCCCAUUCCACCCUGCCGCUCCUUUUGUGAAGACGUGCAGACCAAAUGUAAUUUCUCCUUUCCCUUGGACUGCUCGCGGCUGCCCGAGAGUUCUGACCCCGGUGUCUGCAUGGCCAACCCUUACAAACCGCCGGCCUGUAUUCCAGUCCGCAACCAGCAUUGUCUGCAGGAGGGUUUCAACAACACGUCCUUUCCAAAUAUGAUCGGCAACGAAGGUGAGGAUGAAGUGACGAACAUGAUCCUGUUAAUGAAGGCGCUGGAGGCGGCCACGUCCUGUUACAAGUACCUCAUGGUCUUCGCGUGUUCGGCCUUCCUUCCGCCUUGCUCCGGCAACCAGACCCUGGGUCAUCACCUGGUCCCGCCAUGCCGCAGUCUCUGUCAGGCUACCCGCGAUCGCUGUGAGAUCUUUCUGGACAUCUUCUACAUGCCAUGGCCGGAGGCGCUGAGCUGUGACCGACUCCCAGACUCCCCUGAGCCCGGGGUUUGUGUGGGCUACAGCCAGGCGAGGGAACCCCCUGACCUGGGCGACUGUCAGGUGGGCGAGAUGCACUGUGACCGCGGCACGCGCUGUGUCAAGGCCUCGUGGGUCUGCGAUGGCUACCGGGACUGUGAGGACAACACGGAUGAGAAAGACUGCGCCGUCUGUCAGAGCCACGAGACCAGGUGUUCCCUGUGUCCAUGCUGUGCAUCAACACCACCAACGUGUGCGACGGCGACGACCACUGUUAUGAGGGAGUGGAUGAGUCGGAUGCGUGUGGGGGCCGACGGCGAUGACCGCCUCUUGGAGGUGCGCAAUCCGUUGACCGGAGAGUGGGAGGGCAUAUGCUCCAACGGCUGGAACUUCUCUAUGUCUUUGCUCACGUGCCGCCAGCUUGGUUACAGUGACGUGCUGUCCACGUCCUAUGAAACUCCCAGCAACGGCAGCCACAGGAGUCUGUUGACAAGUCUGCGGCUCGGCGCCUACCCCGACAGACUACAGAGUUUUCUUAUCAAAGGGCUGGCCGCCUGUCCCAGUGACGAUGGCCGCGAACACGUGGUCAAGGUGUCCUGCUGGAAGCCAGUGUGCGGUACGCGGCCUGCGCACCACGAGAGUCUGCUGCGUGUGGUUGGGGGAGAGGAGGUCACACCCGGCACCUGGCCUUGGAUGGCCUCCCUGCACGGCGGCUCUGACGAGAAGUUCUUCUGCGGCGCCAGCGUCAUCGCCCCCCAGUGGGUGUUGACUGCAGGCCACUGUGUGGGAGGAGGAGUGCGAGAGACACACUACUGGACGAUCAAGACAGGCCACACUCGCCGCACAUCCUACUCGCCGUACCGCAUUGCGCAAGCCACGGCACUCUUUCUGCACCCGGACUUCAACCCCCAGACAGUGGACAACGACAUCGCCCUCAUCCAACUGCGCACGCCUCUCGUGCUCAGCGACUACCUCCGGCCCGUGUGUCUGCCGGACGUCGGCAACUUCGUCGCCAUCGGCACUCGCUGCAUGGUUGCCGGCUGGGGAAGAGUCAAGGACUCUGUCUAUGUGAUGUACGAGCCUGCUGUGCGUCAGGUGAGUCUGGACGUCGUGACGUGGGAGUCGUGCCUGCAUGCGGUGGAGAACACUGACCAGCCCGUCGCCUACAAGCUGACCAGAAACAUGUUCUGUGCCGGCGGCGCCGCGGGUCACGACGCCUGUCAGGGUGACAGUGGCGGGCCUUUCAUGUGCCGAAAACCCAACACAACGGAUGAGUGGUACCAAGCAGGCAUUGUGUCCUGGGGGAUUCGCUGUGCGGUGCCUAACACCCCCGGCAUCUACACCAAACUGCCGCUGUACCUCAACUGGAUUCACGAGGUGAUGGCCAACAACUCGCACUCCUGAACACCCGCGUCUGCUGGCGCCGUCUGCACACUUGUCGCCAGCAGUUUGACAGUCUGGCAUGGACACCGUACAUUCUUGCAUUCUUGCCUCCCCCUUUUCUUCUUUCCCGUCAUCUCUUUCUCGUAACGGAUGGGCUUUCUGAUUUUCAAAGUAUUUGAAAAAAGAAGUGAUAUGUGUGUGUGUGUGUGCAAAUGCGAGUCUCGCUGUUACAGCAAGCUAGUCUAGUCGGGUAAAAUCCACCCCUAAACUGUAGUUUGUCUCAUGUGAGGCUUCGCGUGUACAUCCUCAUUUGUAAUAGGAUAGGCAAGGCGAGAAGAAGAAAGCGAAAUGUUCAUGCGGCUUCGUAGUGCAAACAAAACCCUCAGCGUCAACAACGAGCGAAGAAACUGCAUGUGGAACUGUCCUGCUGGUGUUGGGCGACUAGCAGCUGGCUAACCUGAGGACGGCAACUGCCUCAGCUGCAAGUUUCACCCGCAUAAGCAGCUAGGAGCCAGCUGCAGAGAUGGUCCGGUGCUAAGCAAAUUCGUUUUCGUGAUUCAAGUGUGUGAGAAAAUUGUCUUGGUAUUUAGGCUUGUACGUGUAUCGUGGAACUGGGCAAUAUUUUUCGUUUCACUGCUCAAGGCUCUACAACAGAAACAUAGCCAAGCCGAUGGAUGGAUUAUGGUUGUAGUUUAGCUGCCGUUAGGAAGUUAAUGAAAGUCAGCUUUAGUUUGUGAUUAUUCCAAAUUUUUCAGCCUGUCUGUAAUGGAGUUAAACUAAGAGACAGCACAUUGGAGGUUAGCCGUGAUCAUUGUAGAAGUACACAAGGUCAAGACCAUACCAUGCAAACCCAGAAAUUGAUUUAUGGCGGAAGCGUGCUUCAGAAAAAAAAAUCCACUUCAUCUUCUCGAAAGAGAGCAGUUUCAUCGGGUUAAUCAUUGCCGUUCUACAUCUCUGUCAGUCUUCAUGACUUGUGAAACACAAUGCAGUCUGGCAAGCAAACACUUCUCUGUUCACUGAUCUUUCUUCAGGACUUCUGAAACACUAGGUAGUUUGGCGUGCAAACACUGUUCUGGUGAGUGCUGGCAAGUACACAGACCCCCUGCUUCUGAUGCUAAGGCAACAGAGGGACCCUAAGUUAAGAAACAAUGAAACAUUAUGAACUGCCGUGUGCAUUAAUGGUCGACGAAGGCGAAAAGCCAAUAAAACCUAAUAUCGACCAACUGUUCUUCUGUUGAUAUGUGAGGUGUUUCCAGUCGGAGUUUGGGCAGUGUGUUGAGAAGUAACGCGAUUCCAGUCCCAGUCGCCGCAAUGCGUUAGCAGAUAACGUCUGGGGUCCCCGCUAGCGCAGUGUUACUGACGAGAGCAGCGGCUGCGCUAAUGACCUCCAGGUAUGCAUUGAUUUCACGGACACAAGUCUUUAUAAGCUCGUGUGCCACGUUGUUUGAAGUUAUAUUCAUUAUUAGGAUCUCUUAAACGUGUUAUUGUUAAUGUGGAAACUUUUCAGCCAAAACAGAAGUGACAUUAUGCUCAGCUCAUACUGAGCUUCCUGUGAAUUGUGUAUAUAUAUAAAAGCUUGCUUCUAAAUGUUGCAUUCACGACGACUUCAAGUUGUGCUUGUAAGCUCUCUCUUAACUCGUUUGCUUUGCAACGCUGUAAUUCGAACGUUUGCAGGUGGGCAUUGAGUCACUGUUGUUGCUAUAAAUGAAGUCUGUGUCUCGCUUAUCUUUUCUGCACGUACUCCCGCAUUAGAUGUAUAGUGUGUGCUGUCAAUGCCUGCACUCACCCAAAGUAGUACAAGACGCACAUAAACAAGCAGUAAACCCACCGACUUCAGACUCAAUCAUAAUAAUAUCAAUAUUGCUUCCUAAACAACUGAAAAGACAGAACUAGCAAAAGCAAGUGAGACAACUCGUACACAUUUUCUUGAAACGUGCAGUGUUUGAGAAAAUAACAUAAUUCAAAACAAAAAUAGUUGAUUCAUUUAUUAAGAUUUGUCAUGUACUUAUCCUAAAUGCGUUCAUAUCUUCCAUCAUCUUUUUUUCUGCUUUGAAAGGUUUCUCCAUUCCUUUGAAAUUUCUGAUAUGGAUAGAACAUUAUUCAAGUUUAUAUAUAUAUUUUUAAAAAUAACGGAAUAAUCUCUACCCUAGAAGCUUUAAGUGAAACUGAGAAAGGCAAUGAAGUUUCCUGAUAAUUGCUAGACAGUAUAUUUAAAGACAACACAAGAAGAAAACAAAGACUAAAAAGCUACAAAAUGCAAUAAUGGGGUUAGGGAUUGCCUCUUCAUAUUUUCUUCUUUAAGAAAUAUUGAUGGCUGCAUCAUCGUAGUCUACCCUGCUGUUCCUGAACAGGGCUGUUUUCUAUCCAUUCUACAGUCUGGACUGAUCUUCACAAACUAUUUGGAUAAUCCUGAAGUGUUCCUGUGCAUAGCCAGUCUCCUGGGACCGUAGCUAUCAAGUGAGAGUAGUUUCCCCAGGUCAAAAACAUUUUUAUUGUGGUAGUGAUAAUGUGAUGAUAAGACCCUGAGGACACUACUUCAUGUCUCUUCACUCAAAAUGAAUCUUUCACUUUAUACCAGCUCCAGAGGUUUUUACCUAGUCUGCACACUUCAGAAAAAAGUUACUUGUCCUUGAGUUUUGCAUGUUGCCCUAGAGCAAAGACUUCAUAACUAUUGCUCCUAGUGUUAUUUCUGUCACAAGCCCAGAGCUCUGUUUUAGAUAUAUUCAGGUUUUUCUUCAGCCAGCAUGCAAAAUUUAGUUUAAAAUGCAAGAUUCUUCUUCCAUGAAUGUAACUAAAUAAUCCUUAUCACCACAAAUAGAAUAGACCCUCCACCUCCAGUACACUGCUGGAUCCAACAAUGUCUGUAACUAAAGCAAUAUGGGUGAUAGUCUCAUGUUGCUAUUUUCUUAUACUACAGAAACCCCGUGUUGUAUCACAAUCUGUAAAGUAUUUUUUUCCAAAAUAUGAAUGCUUGAGGUUCACUGUCCUUUCAUUAGACAGCCUUCAUCUGACCAAUAUCGACUGCUGGUGACAGGCCAGCCCCACUGUUCCUGCAAUUCUGUUCAAUGCGCAACAAUUCACAAGUUCUACAUUAGUAAACAUUAUUGCUGCACUUGAUAUUGCUUGUAUCUCACUCUAAUUUUGAUAUAUUUUAACCAAGAAUCAGUUGAAAAUUCAACUCAUGUUUUCUUCAUUGAACUAUUCUCACUGGAGCUGUUGAAAUACUCUGGCCUCUAUGCCCAACAACCAAUGUUCCCCAACAAAAAACAAUUUGAUAUGAACUAAAAUUAGAAAGCUUUAUUAAAAGAACUGCUCAAUAAGAAAAACAAGAUAGCUAGGCAACCUCUCUAUAGUUACCCAAGAUAGGCUACAGUUUCUAACUGCUUAAACUACAGGUGCUAAGUGCUUUCAACUAGAAAUUUUUCAUUGUUUUGUUACAUAAAAUUACACAGCAAA